AUGCAUUCCAGGCUAAAUAAGCAACACAACAAUAUAAAUAUAAAUAAGGAAAAAUACCUUAAGAGUCUUCAUAAUACUUUAUAGACACAUCGCUGCAUUAAGAUUAAAAAUACUUUUAUAUAUUUUCUCUUCUUUAAGGUUCAUUCAAUUAACAAUUUAAUUAAUUUAAACUAUUUUCUUAUUCUCCUGUUUUAUAUUCUUUAUUAAAGUAUCCAACAUCGCAAUUGCUUAUGCAAACAUACAAAUUGUGGCAGGGAAAGCCUUUUUCUAGAUAAACCCAAGUCAUCAAUAAAAGGUAUUAAUAAAAUAAAUUUACAAAAAUUUGAAAAAUAGAAUGAACUUAUAUUAAUUUUAUAUCUUCUUUCUUCCAAAAUGAGAUUAAAGAAAAGUAAAAGGAACAGACACCUAGCACAAUUUAAGAUAAAAAUAAAUCAGUAUUGCAAUGCUUACUAAUGUAGUAAAUUGAAAUUCCAGACAAACCUAAUGGAACUAUUAGCGAUAGAACCUAAAUUAAUGGAAAAAGAUAUUCACAGCAAUUUUUUUAUUUCUUAGGCAGUUGUAAUUGAAUUUAGGUUGGUAAAAUUUGUAAUUUGUUAUUGUUGUUUAAUAGUUAUAAAGUCUCUUCGUUAAAUUCAGUACCCAUUUAUUCUAUUUUAUUUAUUAUAUCAUUAUUAUUGGUACCACCUAAAUUCUACAAUAAAUUUAGCACUGUUUAGCAAGAAGCUCUUUUUUUAGGUUCAUAAGUCAUCAUAUUAAAUGCUAACAUUAAAAGAUUUUUGUAUUUGUGAUUGGUUACGUUAGGUAUUUUUCUUGCUUAAAUUUCUUUCAAAUCUUAAAAAGACAAGUCACAUAGAAGGCAGAAUAUUGCACCAACUGAAUAGUAGUCAGAUUCUUUGCUGA